UUCCUCAUAAUUCAAGAGUUGUCAGUAGGGCUAAACUCGUAAACAACAAACAAAAUAGAGAGUUUAAUCAAACCACAGAGCGUGUUCCAGGUUACCAUGGAAACAGCGACGGCUUCCAUCGUCCUGUUUACCAGGAAGAGGCGGAGUGUCUUCCUUUCUCUAGUUCUGUUGUUUUUAGGCAGAAGAUGGAGCUCCCGGAGACCAUCAGAAAGCGCUUAGAUGACUUUUCUCGCAAUAUCUUAUUUGACCAGAGUCGAAUUGUGACGUUCACCGAAGAAAACGACGGAUUCUUGCCUCACGAGAAACCAGUUCUGUCCAGCCUCCAGCUGCAGAUGUCGCUGUAUUUUAACAUGUGGUUCUUCCCCUGUUGGUGGAUCAGUGAAACUGUUAUGCUGCAUCUCAAGUACCCCGCCUUGCCAGAAUACUACAAGUUCAUCCUUGUGACUAUUCUGCUGCUCAUGACUCUGAUUGAGGCCAUCAGACUUUAUCUCGGAUAUGCUGGGAACCUGCAAGAAAAGGUUCCGGAGUUGGCAGGCUUUUGGUUGCUCACCACCCUCCUGCAGCUUCCCCUCAUCCUCUUCCAGCUGUUUAAUGAAGCCAUUCUCAUCCAGCCUCUGGAGAGGGGCGUCCACAUAGUGCUCAUCGUAUUUAUUCUCAUACAGGCUGCCUCCGGGUUUGCAGCGCUGCGGAACAUGGUUAGACACACAGGGAGCCAGUUUCAUCUCCAACAGUUUGACUGACUUCGGAGGCUCAGACAUCCACGUCUGUUCUGGUGUGCAAUGAGUCACAAGGACGCCUUCUUUCUGCACAUUUCUCAAACACUAAGGGUGAUGUAAAAAAAAAAGGACAUAACACGUGUCAUGUGGUUGAUAUUUUCAUAUGAUUUAUAUUUAAAUAAAAAUAUUUAUUUUUGUAUUUUAUUCACAUCUGGUUGUAUUUUCUUUAUGUAUUAUUGACGGAAUUAGUUCUAGGUCCAAAAUCCUUCUAAUUUUGGUACUGGCAUCACCAGUAACUUCGAAAAGCAAAAAUAUUUAAUGAAUUCAGGAUUAAUUUAAUAUUCUGUUUCCAGGCAGUAUUCCUUAUCACUCU